AUGGCUCCGCCAAACAAUCGGAAAUUGCUCAUUGUCGGUGCUGGAGCAUCGGGACUUCCAUCGUUGAGACAUGCGUUGCUGUACGGAGUUGAUGUUGUUUGUUUCGAGUUGACAAAUCAAGUCGGAGGUCUAUGGAAUUAUAAACCACAGGAAACAGAUUUAUCCUCCGUGAUGAAGACCACUGUCAUCAACACAUCCAAAGAAAUGACAGCCUACUCAGAUUUUCCUCCAGAAGGCACCAUGGCUAACUUCAUGCAUAACACAGAGAUGUACCGUUACCUUCAGAACUAUUCUGAUCAUUAUGAACUUGAUAAACACAUCAAAUUCAAUCACAAAGUGAAUUCAAUCGAUAGGAAUGAGGAUUAUGAUAAGACUGGGAAGUGGAAAGUCAACUAUACUGAUGACAAGGGAGUUACCCACGACACCGUUUUUGAUGGUGUUCUUCUGUGCUCUGGUCAUCACACAACACCAAACUGGCCAGCUAAAUUCCGUGGACAAGACGACUUCAAAGGACGGAUUAUUCACUCUCAUAGUUAUAAGGACCACCGAGGAUAUGAAGACAAGACAGUCGUCGUCGUUGGAAUCGGAAACUCCGGAGGUGACGUCGCUGUUGAAUUGUCUCGUAUCGCCAAGCAAGUCUACCUGGUCACACGUCGUGGAACAUGGGUUUUCAAUCGAAUUUUCGACUAUGGAAAACCAAUCGAUAUGGUCAUGAAUCGGAAAUUUCUCUCCGACUUGAGAUCAAUUGUUCCCGCUUGGCUAUCCAACACAGUUGUCGAAGCCAAAUUGAACAUGAGAUUCGAUCACAAAGCUUACGGCUUGAAACCAGCUCACAGAGUGUUCGGAGCUCAUCCGACAGUCAAUGAUGAGUUGCCGAAUAGAAUCGCAUGUGGAACUGUUCGUAUCAAGCCGAAUAUUGCGAACUUUACAGAGUACGGGAUCGUUUUUCAAGAUGGAUCGAAAAUUGAGCAUGUUGAUGAGGUAGUCAUGUCGACUGGAUUCUCUUUCGAGUUUGGUCUCGUUGAGAAAGGAGAACUGAUCAAAGUGAACAAUAACCACGUUUCCCUCUACCAAUACAUGUUCCCAACUGAUCUUUCUGAUCACAAUUCUCUGGCUAUAAUCGGUCUCGUUCAACCUUUCGGAUCAAUUAUGCCACUUUCUGAAAUGCAAGCAAGAGUAUACAUGGAACAGUUCACAGGGAACAAUGUGGUUCCGAGUAAAAGAGAGAUGAUAGACAAUGUUCAUGAUAAACUGGAGAAAAUGGCAAGAAGAUAUGUGAAGAGUAACAGACAUACAAUUCAAGUGGACUAUGUGGAUUAUAUUGAGGAAUUGGCAAAGUUGAUCGGAGCUCAGUUGGAUAUGAAACAGUUGUGGAAAGAGGACCCGUGGCUAGCUUAUAAAGUGUACUUCGGUCCACGUGUACCAUAUAUCUACCGUUUAAACGGACCACACAAAUGGAAAGAAGCCAGAAAUGCGAUUCUUUCAGUAGAUGAACGAGUCCUUAUGGCGACGAAUGAUCAUUCCCAAGUUGAACCUGAUUACAGUGUUCUCUACAUUGUUGGAAUUCUCCUUGUGACUUUGAUUCUCUUGUAUAUUUUGUUCUAA